GGCGGAGCCGUAGCUUUCCAGCUGUCAAAUCUCGGAUCUUUGCCCUCUGUUCAUGCUCACCUACGCCUUCCCUCCGUGAGCAACAAGCCGAGGCGGCGCCGUCCAUGCGAUGGGCGGGUUUCGUGCGUAAACGACGGGGAAAGAGCACGAGGAUGGACGGUUCUGGAGUUCGCUGCACGGCACGCGGCUUCUUCCGUCAUUGCGUUUCCAUGCCCUAGCUUCAGGUAAUUGCUGAUUCCAGAUACCGCGACUCUUGAGGUGGUUUGUGCAUUGAAGAGAGAUGGUGGGCAGCGUCGACGGAACCCGCGGUUCUUCCCAUUCUAACGGACCUGUUAGCUGCUCUAAUGGCGCGGAAGAGAGGUUGGAUGAGCUCCGUCGGCUCCUGGGCAAAUCAGAGGGUGACCUGCUCAAGAUCGUCGGCGUCGGCGCCGGGGCGUGGGGCAGCGUCUUUGCUGCCCUCUUGCAGGAUGCGUACGGCCAGUUCCGCGAUAAGGUACAAAUCAGAAUAUGGAGGCGUCCUGGGCGGCCCGUCGACCGCUCCACCGCAGAGCAUCUCUUCGAGGUGAUCAACUCGAGGGAGGAUGUCUUGAGGCGGCUGAUCAGGCGGUGCGCGUAUCUGAAGUACGUCGAGGCGAGGCUCGGCGACCGCACGUUAUACGCAGACGAGAUCUUGAGGGAUGGAUUCUGCUUGAACAUGAUUGACACGCCGAUUUGCCCGCUGAAGGUCGUGACCAAUCUGCAGGAGGCAGUGUGGGACGCUGAUAUCGUGGUGAACGGCUUGCCAUCAACGGAGACGAGGGAGGUGUUCGGGGAGAUUAGCCGGUAUUGGAAGGAGAGGAUCGGUGCACCAAUCAUCAUAUCUCUGGCCAAGGGCAUAGAGGCAGCUUUGGAUCCGGUUCCGCGGAUCAUAACACCUACACAGAUGAUUAACCAUGCAACUGGAGUUCCUAUUGAGAACAUUCUCUAUGUUGGUGGGCCAAACAUUGCUUCAGAGAUUUACAACAAGGAAUAUGCUAACGCUCGGAUAUGUGGAGCCGAAAAAUGGAGGAAACCACUCGCAAAGUUUUUGAGGCAGCCUCAUUUUAUCGUAUGGGAUAAUAGUGACCUUGUCACACAUGAGGUUAUGGGAGGGUUGAAGAACGUCUACGCUAUUGGUGCUGGGAUGAUAGCAGCUCUAACCAAUGAAAGCGCUACUAGCAAAUCGGUAUAUUUUGCGCAUUGCACAUCAGAGAUGAUAUUCAUCACUCACCUCUUGGCUGAAGACCCAGAGAAGUUAGCUGGACCACUGCUAGCUGACACAUAUGUGACCCUAUUGAAAGGUCGCAAUGCAUGGUAUGGUCAGAUGUUGGCCAAGGGUGAGAUUAGUCUGGACAUGGGUGAUAGUAUCAAGGGAAAAGGGACAAUUCAGGGCGUCUCUGCUGUGCAUGCAUUUUAUGAACUCCUAAGUCAACCCAGCUUAAGCGUUUUGGAUCCUGAAGAACAGAAGCACGUUGCACCAGUUGAGCUGUGCCCCAUUAUGAAAACGCUUCACAAGAUAUUGAUCAAGAGGGAACUCCGGACAAACGCAAUCCUUCAAGCACUGAGAGAUGAAACAAUGAACGAUCCUCGUGAUCGGAUCGAGCUGGCACAAAGCCAUGCUUUCUACAGACCGUCGCUUCUUGGUCAUGACCAUUGAUGCAACAUCGUAUAUCGACCGUUGUAAUUGAGUGUCAGAAUUCAGUGCACUGUAAAGCUUAUUGUUCAGGCAGUGGAUUUUGCAUGAAUUGCUUUGAAUUACCAGUGGAUUCUGAAGCAAAUGUCAAAUGUCCAUUAAGCAUGACAGGUUGAGUCGGGAGCUUGUGGGAUGAUAGUAUCUAAGAUAGAGCACACCUAUUUGGUGAGACACUCGAAUCCAAUAGCCAUCCCUUGGACAUCUUCAAGUGGCAUUUUGAGUAUCAUCAAACCUCAUCAGCUUGAUCAGAUGAGCUUUCAGGAAUCAUUGUACCAAUUGUGGCCAAAAGAAGAGAUCAUCAUCACAUAAUUGUGCAUUGAGCACGAGAUGUUAAGAAAAUGUGUGAGAAAGCAUUAUUGUUUUGAGAUACAUGUAUUUUCAUGUGUGUGGUCUCCAAAUAGAAGGCUUUUCCAUACAAUUCUUGAUUGUUA